GAUAAAAAAAAAUUGUUUGCUAUGCUAUUUUAUUAUUGGCAUUGGCCGGAGCUACGCGACCAUUUCACUAGUAGACAAUUUAUCAGAAAAUAUAAUUUGUUGUUGCAGUAGAAGCAAUCAACAAAAAUAAUGUAGUUUUCGUCUCUCGUGUCCAAUAUCGCUGCAAAAAUGAGCACGACUAUAACGCCGGUGUGUAGAUUGUGCCUGGAGGUGAUCGCCAAAGGGAAAACCUUCUACAAUAUCGACCAAGAGAAUGGAUUACCAGCAAAAGUCCAAAACUUGGCCCAGAAUAUCAGGGAAAUUAUAAGCUUUUGUAUACCUGAAGUGGAUACAUACCUCUCUCUGAACCCUUCUAUUUGCGACACAUGCCUGAACAAUCUCGUACAGAUAUACAACCACAAAAAAAAUUUCAUGAAAAUCGAAGACAUAAUACGCCGCCACUCUAAAGUCAAUCCAAUAGGUAACAACUAUGUGGACCUAUGUACCGUAGUUAAACAUCAGUACGCUUUGGCUUUAAAAGACAAAAAGCUCACACCUGCUGCUAUACAAGCUCAAAUGGGUGAGAUGAACUUAAUUUUAAAAAAUGCAACAAAAAUCGUUCCGUCUUAUGGAUUGAAUGUUAUGGCUCAAAAUCAUAGUGACACGGAACCCCGAGCAUCUCCUUCUUCAUCUAAAACUUCCAACAAUUCAACUCCGUCUAAAUAUUCAUUGAGACAUCAUGUUCCAAGUUUGUUGGCUGCUUCAAGCUCCCGACCUCAGCCACCCAUAGAUUUGGAUAAUCCACAGAAUUCAUUUCUUGGUUCGUUGAAUUUGAUAAGUUCCGAAAAUCCUUCUGCAUCAAAUCAGGGAUCAGCCCCCAAAACUGGAAAUAAAAAAAUGCUAAUAAGACGAGUAAUGAGUUCAAAAGCCAAGCCAAAGAGGAAAAUUAAUCCUGCUGCAUCAGCAGAUAACACUAUCAUUAUUUUGGACGAUGAUAGUGAUGCGGAAUCUAUCACAAAUAUUGUUGGAAAUUCUAAAAACAAUACUUCAAAAAGUGAUGAUAGUAAUGAGGUAUUGGUUAUGAAUUAUGUUGAACAAAAUGACACUGGUGCCCGAUCUACUGCUACUGCUGAUAAUUCUAGUAGUGCAGUUUUGGAUCCUGCUACCACCGAUGUGGCUGAACCUCCCAUUAUUGCUGCAAAGCCUACACCGAAAGUAAUACAUUUGGGUAGGGAAUCAAUUACCGCCGUGACAACAAAGACUGGCGCUGAUGAUGGUAUUUCCACUGCAGAUUCUGGUACUCCAAUAUCAACUAGAUCUAGAAGAUCUGCUGCUAAGGCUGUCACUAAUGUAGCUACUCAUGCUGUUGAUGAUACAACACCUAAAGUAAUGAAUACUGAAUCUGCUGAUGGUGCUGCUGCCACAACCGCUGAUGUGCUUAAAAAUUCUGUCGUUGGUGCAGCACCUGACAUAAUAAUGUUGGAUGAUAAGAGUCACAAAUUGACCCCAAGGCAGAAAACAUUAGUUUCUUCGGCUUCAGAAAAACCAAAGACAGCCGAAAAAAAUGUAGUAGUGAAAUUGCUGCCGUUCGACUUGGAAGAUCUUAAACGAAAAGCUGCUGGUGAAAAAUGCCAUGAAGAGGAAACUCCAUCCAAACGUAAAAAAGUAUUAACUGUAAGCCUUAACCCGAGUCUUCCUUAUUUGCACAAAAAUAAAAAACUUAUAGUUAAAAUUGAUAAGAAACAAUUUUUAACUUGUGAACUUUGCGAUUUUGUAACUAACCAGGGAAAAGAUGCAAUAAAGCAGCAUGGUCUGCGCAAACACAGAGUUUGCAUGUUGUGCGAUUAUCAAUGCUCAAGUCCCAAUUUGUUACACAAACAUUUCACCAAUCACCAUUAUGAAGAAAUAAAUGAAAUAAUAAACAAAUCAAAAGAAGAAAACGAUACAAUAAAUUGUGAUUUAUGCUCGUAUACAGCAGUUUCUGGUUUUGACUUCAGAGAUCAUAUAGUCAGAAAACACUGCGGCGACAAUGGAAGUACUGGUAAUAUAACAUUGCAAUGCCCAUAUAAAAAUUGCGGGCAAAAAUACGACCAGACUUUCCAUAUGGCACGUCACGUGGAAGUCAAUCAUGUUUUGGCCAAAAAAUUGACCUGUGUGUUAUGUAAUCAGAAAUGUCAUUCCAAACAGGGAAUCAAGAAUCAUCUACAAUCUCAUAAGCCCAGUGGAAUUACAUGUUUGCUGUGCGGCAUGUCUUUCCGUUACAAUAGUUUGUUGAGGACCCAUGCGAAAAAUAAACAUCCUGGUAUUGAUGCUGACAGCAAUAUUGCAGGCAUGGCUCAUGAUAGUCAUGACAAUUUGACAGCCGACGAUAAUGGUCAUAUUACAUUAGAUUCGUUUGUUAAUCGUAGCGCUUUAUCCAAUGAGGAAACUGGUGCCAAUCGUGGCACUUUAGUGACAGACAAGAACGGCCGAAUCGUUCUAAGUUUACCCAGACCCAACGAGUUAAUAACGGAUCCAAAUUUUGUUGUAAAUUUAGAUGAACGUUGCAGUUUUGAAUAUCCAAGUCUAAGUGAAAUGCUUUGUGAAUCGAGUUUUCUGGAGCAGAAUCAAGAAGACGAGUGUGCAGAAGUACAAGAUGAAGCAUCGAAACCAAAAACUCGAAAGCGUAAAAGAAAAUCUACAGUUCCGAAGAAAAAUAAGAAAAGUGAAGUUCCAAAACCCGAAGAUGAUAAAGACGAUUGUGUGAUCAUUGAUAAGGAAAUUGUUACUGUGGAUGUUUCAGACGAAGAAGCAUUAUUAAUCUCUGAUGAUGACGAUUGCACUAUCGUUGAUAAUUAUCUACCUACUGCAACAGCGAGUAAUUUUGCUGAGAUACUGCCAAAUGCUACAGUUGAUUCAACAGCAAGAGGCACUAUUGAAAAUGCUAUAAAAGAAUCGGAUACAGAAAGAGAACAUUCUGACCGUGUUGAAAAUGAGCAGGAUAAAAAUUCUAAAUCGUUGAAUUUAGAAUCAGAAACUUCAGAUAAAGAAAAUCAUAUAGUAGUGGAAUCUAUAAUAAUUGAGGAUACAAGUUCAAAUAAAAUGGCGGAAACUAAAGAAAAUACUGUUGAUUUACCAAGUACUUCAAAUGACAAAGUUGAUGAACAUUCUGAUGCUCUUCUGGGGCUGAGAAACAUUUCAGAAAAGUGUACUGAGGUAAUAAAUGGUGCGGAUGAUUUGUUAAAAGAAAACGUUUCUAGUAACUCUGAAGAAAAAUGUGAGGAACACUCAAGAAGUUUCAUUAAACCGUUGGAGAACCACAAGAAUCUCGAUAAUUUAGAAACUGAAAUAUGUACUGCAUCUGGCUCCAAUGGAUUGUUGUACGAAAGACUUUCUGAUAAUUUUGGAUCAAGGGAAAAGGAAUCAGAAAAGAUAGUUGAAUCAACAACAAGUGCAAGUGAAUUAUUGAAAGAAAAAGAUUCUGAAAUGGAAUUAGAAAAAACUUCUACAAAUACUUCUGAAUCUAUCUUGAAUGAACCCCUGAAGGAUAAAAUUGAUUGCGAAAAACUUGAUCCAGAGAAAUCUUCAGAAAAGAUGAUUGAAUCGGCAAAUAAUUUCCAUGAACUGUUAACAGAGAAAGAGAACUUCGAAUUAGAAGAAUCGGAUACUUCUGCUGAUUCGGCUAGUGUUUUGCAAGCAUUACUGGCCCUGGAGGAAAAUUCAUCCGAAUCUGGAAUGUCUUCUGAAUCUUUGCAUAUUUCAGAUGAACUGUUAAAGCAAAACGUGAUUGAUAAUUUAGAAACAGAAGAAUCUACUGCAAAGACUACUGAAUUAUGUUCCAACGAUCUGUUGGUUGAUUCAAUGAAUUUGGAAUCAGAGGAAUGUUCGGAAAAACUUACAAAUGAAAUACUGAUGGAACAAGUCACUGGGAAUACAAGAUUAGAAGAAUUUUCUACAAAGAUCGCCGAUGAUUUAUUAGUUUCAAAUGAACUGCUAAAGGAAAAAGAUGCUGAACAUGUUGAAUUAGAAGGAUCUGAACUGUUGGAUGACAAUGUUGAUUCAAAAAAUCAGGAAUCAGAUGCUUUUACAAAUAGUUCACAUGAACAACUAAAAAAUAAUUUAGAAUCUGGAGCUGAUGCUGAUUCAAAGAAUCUGGAAUCGGAGAAAUGUACAGAAGAAUCUACAAAAAGUUCAAAUGAAAUACUAAAGGAACAAGUUACUGAAAAUAUGGAAUUAUUGAAAACUUCGUCAGAUGUUGCUGAAUUGGGUUCACAAGAACUUUUAACAGAAAAAGUUAUUGAAAAUAAUAUGGAAUUUGAAGAAUCAUCUGAAAAUGUUGCUGAAUCAAGUUUAAAUAAAUUUUUACAGGAAGUUGGUUCUGAAAAUCUGGAAACAGUAAAGUCUCCAGAACAGCUUCUUGAAUUAACUAAUAAAUCAAAUGCAAAUGAUAAAGAAGGACAAAUUUUCGAUAGUUUGGAUGGAUUUCCUGCGAUGGAUGAUGAGUUAGUAACUAGUUUGAACCCACCACUAAAAGAAAACACUCCUUGUGAAACAACAAAGGAAUCCAAUGAACUGUUGACAGAAAACGUUUCUGAGUUGGCAGACAAUGUUGAAUCAUCUCCAACUAUUGAUUUGUUUGACAUGAAAAAAUUCACUGAUAUGUGUCUUGGAUCAGUAAGCAGUUCAAAUGAUCUAUUAGGAGAAGCUAAUGAUAUAUCGAAUAAUGUGACUUCAGCAGAAUCCUCCAAAAAAGAUUCAAUAAUAAUUGACGAAAAUUGUGCCAAAUUAACAACUAACGGUUCCGAUGAAGUUGUGGCAGAUUUCGAGAGUCCAAGAGUUGAUCUAUCCUGCCAAAGUGAUUCAGCCAAUGAUGUUAUCGCUUCAACUAUUAAUUCAAUUGAAAAACUAAGAAGUAUUUUAGACGCUUGAAAUGUUGCAUUUGAAUAAAAAAUUUAAAUGUUUUUGGGAAUUUUGCCCCAGAACAUCAAUUCGAACUGUCUCAGAAAUUUUUUUCAUUUAGAUCUACAAAUUUUUGGAAAAUCGAAAAGCAACAGUUCUGAUGCUGUGAAGAAGUGAAUUUUUAAGUUCGAUUCUUUUUGUAAAUAUUGUACAUUAGAACCAUUCGGUUGCCUAGCCAACAAGGGUAUAAUUAUUAAGGCAAGACAUAUUUUGCUUUGACUACUGUUAGACAAUUUCAGUGUUGGAAAAAAGUAAUUAUCUUCCAUUUGCCAUUUGGAAAAAAUAUUAUUAUACAUAUGUGUGAGAAAAAAAAGUGAACAACCAUUUUUUUUUUAUAUGUAGUGAAUAAAGAGGCAUGAAACAAGUAUUUGUUAUCAUUAUGCCAGGAGUUUGAAAAAGACAAGUUUAUCUUUCAAAAUGACAGAUUUUUCGCAUGAGGGCAUUGUGUGGUUGUGUUCAAGUUUUAUUGUGUUAUUUUGAAUUUUCCGCGUUUUUUUAUUUUAAUGAUGAUGACUCUUUGCAUUUAAUUUGUAUGUUGUAUUUUAUCAAUUUUUUUUCUCUUAAUAUUCUAUUUUACAUAGUUUGUAGCUUUUAGGUGAAUGUAAUCCUCGCCUUUGGCAUGGUUUACAAAUAUUUUAUGUUAUAUUAUUUAUACAUGUUGUACCCACGACCAUUUUUCCACUUUUCUUCUUCGCACUUGUAUAGCAAUAUUUUUUCAUAUGACAUAAUUUAAAAUAUUUUUCUCCUACGAGCGUGCGCAAAGUUACACUUUUCCAUUUGCUGUGCUUUUUUUCUGCACUGAUUGCGGAAAAGUUAAACUAAUUUGGAAGAACCUGUCGAUUUUAACACAUGAUGCCGAUCUUUCCUCCGUUUAUUUGUCAGCAAGAAUUUAUACAAACCUCAAAAUAGCUUUUGUAGUUUUUUAAUUUUUUUUUAUCUUAGCUCGUAGGAAAAAAAAUGUUCCACACGUGCGCAAAGUCUCUUUCCCGCCCUUAAUAUGGGGGGAAGUAUCAGUUUGCGCACUUGUUAGGAAAAUAACUAUUUUGUCUUAUAUAACCCCUGACCUAUAUAACUUUUUUACGUUUUCUUACUUUAGAGGUGUACAUUCAAAAAUGGCAUUUUUGUGGGUAUUAAAAUAGUGACUUUGUAAUUCUGGAUUGUUGAUUUCAGUGAAAUAAAGAAAUCCGAAAUCGCUAAUGGAUACAAGACACUUUCCAGGCAUAUCUCGGCAUACCGAGACAUCACACAUUGAGUGUGUCAUUGCUGAAGUCUCCAGCUUCACACUAGAAGUUCAAGUUUUUGUAUUGAUAGAAGAUAUUUUUUUUGUUGUUUAGUUGAAGCUGAGGCCGCACUCUUUUGUUUGUAAAUCUGGUUUGGUAUUAUCCUGUUGUAUUAGAAAUUAUGUUUAUUUUAUUAAGCUGCUUCCUUACCGGAAAAAUUUAAUAGCUGACGGCGGCAAGUAUUCGUGCUGUAAUAAUAUAUUCAUCUGUUGGUAUAUUCAGCUAUAAUUCAGUGUGAAUUCACGGAUAAAUUGCACCGGUAGCUCGCAAAUAAUUUCUGUUCCGGGUUUGAGUCUGGUUACAAUAAUUUUUAAUGGAUCUUGGAGCGCUUUUUAAUAGCAAAGACUAACAGCUAGUAUUUAGCAGGACUAUUAUUGUUGUGUCCAAUCCUCAAAAUUUCUUGGUUUUAUGUUCUUAGCUGAUAUAAUAAUAUGUAUUCAUUACUGGUGUUAUUCCUUUCAACACUAGAGCUCCUCGCUCCAGUGUUGGAGGAUUUGAAAGGAACAUGCGCUGGCUUUCAUGCAUUUAAAUGGUUACUUAACUUAAACAACUAAAUUGAGGGAACGAAAAAGCAACCGGCAUUUUAGAUCUCAUUCAUACUGCUGCUGAUGGGCAAAUAUUAGAUCGGUGAGGACGCGGCUUAACACAUUUAUUUUUUUCUAGAUUAUAAUCACCUAGAAUAGUUUUUAGUGUUUAUACUUACUCGAGAAAUUGUUUAUUUAGUUUUUUAAUAAAGGCGAGUUUUCACUGGCGAAGUAUGAUUUAUUUCAGUUACGAUAUAAAACUUUGUUUUUCACGCACUUAUCUACUAUUGUAUAAGUUAGAUAAUAGAUAAUUCACCUUGGAAAGUUUAUUAAAUGUAAGUAAAACGUCUUUGGUACUUAAAUAAAGCUUACGUCGUCAGUAGAAAAAACUAAAAUUCUUGAA